UACUAAAUUGGCCGGCCAACUUUUAUCUGCUAUCGGUUAAGGAAGGGGGGCUCAGAUUGCCCAUGAGAUAGGAUUUACGGAUUCCCGUACCGGUACUGUUUUUCUACGACCUAUGCGUGAGUUUGUCGAUAAAGAAGUGGCGUAUUUAGCAAAUUUCUUAGGGGUUGAUUCAGUGUGCCUGCCUACAUUGUCAUCGAAGUUAGGUUCAACUUCCAGUAUUGGGCGAUUAACUGAAGACUUCGUAGUAACUUUGCAGACCAAUUUUCCAGCUACAAUUUCAACUUUAUUUCGUAUCAGUGAUAAACUGAAAUCAAACAUUGCUGAUCCGAAUCCAUCCGAUUGUGAAAGAGAUUCACUUUGUCUUUUAUGCCUUUCGGCCAUUGAAGAGUCAUCAGUUUGUAGUGCAUCAACCGCCCGACACGUUUCACAGACUAUUUCGCGAAGUGGACCAUCCGGUCAUCCCUCGGAUAAUUUGAGAAACCAUCCAUUGCAAUCCGUUGGAACUGUUCAGCAUCAAGACUCAACAUCGUGUAAUUCUAAUUGCAAUUCUCAGGGCAAACCGUGUUGUAAGACGUCCAAUGACCAAAUCAAAAGUGAUUGGAGUGCUGUUCUUUGUUAUGGAUGUCGCAUAACAAUGGAAGAUGUAAAACAACCUGAACUGAUGCCCAUAAAUUAUCUUGAAGAACUUCGGCUGCGAUCCCGUCGACAAGUGAUGCGACAAUCCGUAGAACAGUUCUUGUUGUAGUUCUGAAUAAUCGGUUUAAAUACAUGUUAAACUGUA